CCCGCCAGGUACUCGUUCACGGCCGGCGUUAUCGUGCAGCCCCGCCUCCCACUCGCUCACCGCCCUGGCAUGAGCGAUUCUUCCCCAUCAACUGACAGUCUCUUCGUGACCCUCGGUCUACCUACCUGUUCCUCCCAGCUACGCCUCGGGGAUUUCCCUCCUACUCUCCUCAUCCCUUCCUUCUCCUCUGCCUGACUUCCUCCCCAUAUCGAGGGCCGUAUCUCUGCCCACCACCCACCAUCCACCCUCCUCUUCUUCUCUCUACCCCAACAGUGGUCACUUCGCCCCUCACCUCCUCCCCUCCCUUACCCCUCUCCGCCUUCUCUCUCAAUCAUGGCAACGACACCAGCCGGGCGUAUGCUCUCGCGUCAACUGCAGCAAAUGCAGUCGGACAAGGACAUUCCGGGGAUUAGUUGCGGCUUGGUCGACAGUAAUGUUUUCGAAUGGGAGGUCAUGCUUAUGAUCUCCGAUGAUGUCAAGCUGUACGGUGGAGGUUUCUUUCGCGCCCGUCUCACCUUCCCAACCGACUACCCCCAUAUGCCACCGAAGAUGAAGUUCGAGACGCCUUUGUUCCACCCUAACAUCUACCCUAACGGUGACGUCUGCAUUUCCAUCCUCCACCCCCCGGAGGAAGAUAAAUAUGGCUACGAAUCCGCGGCCGAGCGCUGGUCCCCCGUGCAAACACCCGAGACGAUUCUCCUCUCCGUCAUCUCCAUGCUUUCGAGUCCCAACGACGAAAGUCCUGCCAACGUCGAGGCUGCCAGAUUAUGGAGGGAGGACCCUAAGGAGUUCAAGAAGCGGGUGCGCAAGUGCGUCCGGGACAGCUUGGGAGAGGAGUGAAUCCACAUCCUUCUGUUCGUGGCGGUCGGUAGUGAACAAGUCUCUCUACCUCGGCUAUUUCUCUCAAUAUCUACUUUCAACCCGUCUUCUUGUUGUGAGGCUGCAUGAUAGACUGAACAGCUGGACCAUUUGGCGGAUGCACUUGAUGUCUAUCGAUGAGAUGCAUUUUCAUGUUCACUUUCACUUUUUUCUUUUUAUUUCUAUUCGCCCAUCUUUAUUCGCUGCGGAGUUUGUUCCUUUGUUCUGACUGGUUUAGGACGGAGUCGAUUCUAAUGUUCUUUCUAUGCUUAUUUUCUGGCCACCUGCAUGCAUCCAUGCUUGUCGUAUGUUAUUUUGCCCUGGUUAUAUAUCCCGUUGGAUUGCUGUCGGCGGAUUUCGUUCCGGUCGUGGCUUAUAAGAAAUGCGAUGGUGUCGUAGUCUGAAAAAAAA